AUGCCUCAAUUCAACUUCGACGCUGUGUGGAACACUCUCACUGAGACGGACAAGCGCCGCAUUGUAGCCAUCUGGUGCUGCGAGCAGCCCACCAAAGUAGACUGGGACUUCGUUGCGAAGGCGACGAGUUCCGCCCAUGGCGGUGCUGCACGGAAGGCCAAUGGCAAGCUACUCACGAAACUGAGAGAUGGCGGCGCCGUUGAGGACGGAAAUGAUGCGGCCUCAGAGAGCGAUAAGCGCCGCAUCGUAGCCAUGUGGGCUUUGGAUCAGCCUGCCCCCAAUUGGCAAGCCGUCGCAGAAUCAAUGGGCUCCGUUCUCAAACCUCGCACCAUGUAUUAUGCUGAUAACGCCUUUCGGAAGAAGCUGAAUGUUGCGGACGCUGAGCCCGAAGAGACUGACUGGGCGAAGGUCACCGAAGCUGCUGCCGGCGGCCAAGCGACCGUCGCAUCUGUCAAGACCUACCACAGUCGCACCCUCAAGAAGCUCAAGGAUGCCGGUGCCGAGCUCGACGAAGACGGCAGCCCUGUGGGUGGUGCCUCCUCCGAUGCCAAAGCUACGACUCCAAAGCCGACACCUAAGAAGAAGGCCGCAGCUGGUGAGAAGAAGGCCGCAGGUGGCGGCAGGAAGCGCAAGGCCAAGGAGGACAUUCCUGUGGACAGCGUCGAGGAGGAGCCAGUCACUAAGAAGGUGAAGGAGGAGAUCAGGGAAGAGGUCGACGGCGACGGCGAGGAGGAGCAGGUGAUCUAG